ACAAGAACAAUUUCGUUCCUGUGCAAUAACAACAAAAAAGGAUGAACCUUCCUUGUUUAGGAAAAGAAGCUGUGUGUCUUUGUAGUGCUCCAUGGCCUAAACUAGUCUGCAUCUGCAGGUCCUUUUGCUUCCUCUUUUCUCACAUUUACCGCUUCCUGCUCCUCCGAAUCAACUCCUUUUGCAUCCAAGUUUUCUACUUCGUCUUCCUCUCGUUCCUUGGCUUCUGGGUCCUCAAGGACUUAAGGCCACGGACCAAUUCCUUUAGGCCCAGGGACUUGGAUCUGUUCUUCACCUCCGUCUCUGCGGCAACCGUCUCAAGCAUGUCCACGGUGGAGAUGGAGGUCUUUUCCAAUUCCCAGCUUGUUGUGAUGACUAUCCUGAUGUUCAUCGGAGGGGAGGUUUUCACUUCCCUUGUUGGGCUUAACUUUACCAAAACGAAGCUCUGGUGGCUUAUCAAAACCAAAGAAAAAGUCGCCUCUGUCAAUAGCAAUCUCUACCCCUCGAACCCAACAAACGACAUCGUUGACCACAUAGAGUUAGGUGAAAUAACGAACUUAGAUCGCCCGAACUCACAAGUAGACCCCCACUUGUACAGAUCACGAGACGAGUCCUUAGAUCUUGACCAUCUGAAAUAUUGUUCCGUUAGAUUUUUGUGUUUUGUAGUGUUAGGUUACCUUAUAGGAGUCCAUGUUCUCGGUGUUGCCAUGGUUGUGCUUUAUAUGAAACGUGUUUCUAGCGCUAGAGACGUGCUGAAGACGAAGGGUCUCAAAAUGAUGACCUUUUCAGUCUUCACCAUCGUGUCGACCUUUGCUAGUUGCGGGUUUGUCCCCACAAAUGAAAACAUGAUUGUCUUCAGCAAAAACUCCGGCCUCCUCUUGAUUCUCAUCCCUCAGGUCCUUCUCGGGAACACGUUGUUCCCGUCGACCUUACGGUUCACGAUUUGGUUCAUGGGGAAAUUCUGGGUCAAAGCAGAAAUGAUGUACUUGUUGAGCAGGACAAGUGAAGUUGGUUACAAACACUUGCUUCCAAGCCUCUACUCGUCGCUACUGGUGGUCACGGUGUUGGGGUUUAUUGGUGUUCAGUUUGUAAUAUUUUGCUCCAUGCAGUGGGAUUCAGAGUUGCUGAGUGGAUUGAGCUCGUAUGAGAAAAUCACGGGUGUGCUUUUUCAGUGCGUGAACACCAGAUAUACGGGCGAGACGAUCGUCGAUCUGUCGCAAGUUGCUCCUGCCAUCUUGGUGGUAUUCGUCGUCAUGAUGUACCUUCCCCCGUAUACCUCGUUUCUACCGGCAAAAGAGGAUGAGAGGCUCCCGGGAAACAGAGAAGGCAAAGAGCCGAAAAAGAAUUACAAGCUACUGUUGGAGAAUCUCAAAUUCUCACAGCUCUCCUACGUGGCCAUCUUUAUCGUCAUGGUUUGCAUUACAGAGAGGAAAAAGGUGAAGGAAGAUCCCCUCAAUUUCAAUGUGUUGAACAUCGUGGUCGAAGUGAUAAGCGCAUAUGGGAAUGUCGGAUUCACGAUGGGUUACAGUUGUGAACUACAACUAAGGCCCGUUGAAGGCUGCGAGGACAAGUGGUAUGGAUUCUCUGGAAAAUGGAGUGAUCAAGGCAAAAUCAUUCUCAUCGUCGUCAUGAUUUUCGGAAGAUUAAAAAAGUUUAACAUGAAGGGUGGUCGAGCUUGGAUACUCUUGUGAGAGAGACAAAAAGACCUUGUUACACCCCCACGAGCAAGCAAAUGGAGCAUCACUAGAUCUAGAGAUCAGGGCAAAAUCAUCCUCAUUGUCUUCAUGAUUUUGCUCCUUCAACUUCUUUUUUAAUCUUGUCCAGUACACAAGGUGUUCUUAC